AUGGCGUCCAGCGCAUCCUUCACCCUGGACGUGCCGACGCUGCUCUGCAUCGCGUUCUCGCUGUCAUUCAUGCCAAUCGCCUACCUCCUCAGCAAAGCCCUCAUCCCCGCCUCACAAACGCGAAACCGAAUUCUCUUCUUCUGGCACGCUUACGACGCCCUCACACACCUCUUCAUCGAAGGCUCCUUCCUCUACGAAUGCUUCUUCAGCUAUGCGACCAUCGCGGGAAUCCACAACACCGAGCCGUUCUUCCUGAACCAACGCGACCGCAUCUACGGCCCGGCCUACGGUACUGGCCCCAGCGCGCGUCUCUGGCAGGAAUACGCUAAGGCAGACCGCCGAUGGGCUGGCGCCGAUGUCACCGUCGUCUCGCUGGAGCUCCUGACGGUUUUCCUGGGUGGUCCCGCUGCGCUGUACAUCUGCUACCUGCUGUGCCGGUCGUCGAAUGAGAAUAUCACGCCCCGAGCGCGUGGAUCGGCGAAGGCUACUCUCUGGGCGGUUGCGCUUUCGCUGGCCGUAUGCGAGCUUUACGGUGGAUUUAUGACUUUUGCUCCUGAGUGGUUGACCGGAAGCUCUCAGCUGGCUACUGAGGACCCUGUUUACCUGUGGUUCUACUUGUUUUUCUUCAAUACGCUGUGGGUCUGGGUUCCUUUGUGGGUGAUUUGGGAAGCCGGCAAGGAAUUGCAUGCUGCCUUUGUCACCAAGGAAGAAGUUCAGACCUCGGCGCGGAAAUUUCGGUAA